AUGGACCAAGGAGAUGAGAAAGCUGAUGCAGAAAUCCAGAGAGGGGUGAACUCCGAGGAUUUUGUCCAAUCCACUUUUCAAGAACCCGGGAAUAGCAAGAAGAGUGUAGGCAAUGCAGCAACCAAGAAAGGGGACCUGUCCAUGGUGCUGAUUCUGGUAACAGUUGCUUCCUGUCUCAUAUCUGUGCAGCAUGGCUACAAUCUGUGGGUACUCUACAACACUAUUGGGCUCCUGCCUAGCUUCUAUAACAUAACGAGACCUGAAGAAGCAGAUUUUCAGAUUACCCUUCUGUCUAUCACCGUGACUAUAUUUCCACUCGGAGCCUCCUUUGCGACCAUUCCUGCUGGUUGGUUGUUAGAUAGAUUUGGCAGGUAUAGAGAUAAACUUGAGACUUGUGAUCUACAUGAGCUAGUAUGGCAGGGAAUAUGCUUCUGUGUUGGCCCUCUGUAUCUUGGGGAGAUCUCCCCUAGAAGCCUAAGGGGAGGCAUCAUCAUGACAUACCAUCUGUUUUAUUUUUUUGGUUUCCUCGUGGCUCAGAUACUUUGUCUUCAAGACGUCUUGGGGACUGGAAACGGCUUCCCAAUUCUGAUAAAACUUUUUGGCGUUAUGCCAUUGCUUCAGUUGCCUCUACUGCCCUUCUUACCUGAAAGCCCUCGGUACCUACUCAUUCAGAAGAAGGAUGAAGAAAGCUCAAGGCAAGCACUGAAGAAACUAAGGAACAGAAAUGAUGUGGAGGAUGAGAUUGAAGAGCUCCAUCAGGAGGACAUUGUUGAAAAGUCAGAAAAGAACAUGAAACCUCUUAAACUGCUAUAUUCCAAAAAACUGCGAAGGCAAGUCAUUGCCAUAAUUGUCUUGAUGAUUGGACAACAGUUCGAUGGCAUCAGUGUGGCAUACUAUUAUGCAGAGAGAAACCUCAGAAAUAUAAAUAUGGGGAUAUAUUCAUCCCGAUUUGCGAAAAUAGCAACCACCACUUAUAUAUGCAUCUCAAUCAUAAUUGGGAUUUUUGUUACUGAUUAUAAGGGGCGCAAGUUUUUGCUUCUCAUUGGCUUUGGGGUGAGCAGUUUCAUCUGUGUCCUGUUAACCAUGGCCAUGGAAUUGCAGAGUGUCAUCUCAGAUAUGGGGUAUUUCAGCAUAAUCUUAAUCUGCAUAUUCCUUUUUGCACAUGCCAUUGGGCCAGGUCCACUUCCAACUGUGCUUGUAGUGGAGCUCUUCCUUCAGUCAUCACGAUCUUCGGCCACUGUGAUUGCACAAUUUUUGCAUUGGCUCCUAAGCUUAAUCAUAGGACUGAUUCUCCUUUACAUAGAGAUACAUAUUGGGCCCUACAGCUUAAUCUUUUUCUGUCCAUUCGGCUUCGCCAUCUUUAUUUAUAUAUUCAAGUUCAUUCCAGAAACCAGAAACAGAACCUUUGUGGACAUCAGGGGGAAAGUGACCAGCCGGAAUCCCAGGAGGGUACAUUUCAAGAUGCCGUCACCCAAGUAGAAACUUGAUAAGCAGCAUAUGCAGUUUGUUCAUUUAUU